AUUCAGUAAGUCUUAACUAGCUAUUCAAGACAGAGUUGUUAGAAUGGAUCCACAAGAUAUAGAUAAAAAACGAGCAAUUGAGCUUGGUGUUCGCUAUGUCGACAUUCAUUGGAAAUCUGUUGUCGAGACUGAAGUCGAAGUUUCAAUCUUGAGUGGCGGAUUCAGUAGUCGUUUGUAUUUAGUUGAAAAUACUUCGACUUCCACAUCAAAUCCAAUAAGACAAUUUUUGGUUCGUCUUUACGGCGGCAAAGUGCUCACAGGAGACGAUCCAAUGCGGCCAGAUGGUUGUGAAGGUAAAGAGACACUAGUGUUUUAUGCCAUCGGUAUAGCGGGAUUGGGACCGAAAUUGUAUGGAUCAUUUGAUGGUGGGCGAGUAGAGCAGUUUGUUCCUUCACACAUGUUACGAGAGGCAGAUUACGAACAGAGACCAGAAACUAUGUUGGAGCUUGCUAGAAAACUGGCUCGGUUCCAUGCGUUGGACUUGCCCAUAUCGCAAGAACGUCAUCAAGUGCUCGAUGCAUGUGAGUUUUACCUCAAAAAACGGGACUUUGAACAGUUUCGUAAGUUGGUGCACCACUUUGGUUUAAUGGAUGUAAGUACGUUCGAAGACUUCGAUGUAAAAUCGGAAAUUCAGUGGAUGAGGAAGGUGGAACAGCUAGUCAAUGGUCGAAUUGUUACAAUUAGCGGAGAUUUAAACAAAAAUAACAUUCUGAUACGUGACGAACCAGACAAAUUUGGCGAAAGAGUGAUGAUGAUCGAUUAUGAACUUUGUGCGCGCGAUUAUCGUGGGCGUGAUAUUGGACAAGUUUUUAUUAUGAAAGUACUAGAGAUGAACGAUGGAGUCUUUAGUGUGGUUUCCAAAUAUCCCGAUGAGACAUGGCGUCGCACAUUUGUUAAUGAAUAUUUAAAACAAACCAAAUCACUGAAUUACUUUGAAUGGGACGAAAAAUUGGAUAGUGUGGAUCAUGUGUUGAUGGAGGGAGAUUUUUUUAUGUUUCACGCCAUCCACGUGUAUGUCGGUUUUUUCGUAAAUCAGAAGGACGAUAGUCCUUUCUAUAAAAUGCCAGAAGCCAUGGCUCGGAGCUUGUUGGAAUUUGGAUCGUAUAUGAUCGAUUUGUAUCAAGAGAGAAAAAUUAUUUUCAUCGAAAGCUACGGAAAACUUUUGAACUUAAGUACCAAGUAGUGAUAUAUUGUGACGUUAUGUGUUAAUCAGUCAAAAAACCCUUAAAGGGUAA